AAUUCGUGGAGGCCCCUCACGCCUCUGACCUUGUGAACUUGGAGCCCGUUGUCAUUGGAGCGGGCGCGCGGCGGCAACCGCCGGAAACUUCCCUGGCGCGGGGGCGCCGGUUCGCUCUACGGUCGCGUCCCUCUCGCUCUUUUAUAACCUCGGAAACUACUACUCUGCAGUUCAUCCGUGCAAAUUCCCCUGUAUUUUCACUGCGCCGAGAGUCUCAGAGACGCUCGGACUUGUGGCAAUGGCGUCCAACCUCAGCAUGCACUUGAAGCACUGCUGCUCGCCGCCGUCCCUCCGAUCCUACUUCGCCGAGUUCAUCUCCACCUUCCUCUUCGUGUUCACCGCCGUCGGCUCCGCCAUCUCCGCCAGGAUGCUCACGCCCGACGUCACGUCCAACGCCACGUCCCUGGUGGCCACCGCCGUCGCGCAGUCGUUCGGGCUCUUCGCCGCGGUGUUUGUCGCCGCCGACGUCUCCGGCGGCCACGUCAACCCGGCCGUGACCUUCGCCUUCGCCAUCGGCGGCCACAUCGGUGUCCCGACCGCCAUCUUCUACUGGACGUGCCAACUGCUCGGCUCCACGCUCGCCUGCCUCGUCCUCCACUUCCUCUCCGCCAGCCAGGCCGUGCCGACGACGAGGAUCGCGGUGGAGAUGACCGGGUUCGGCGCGUCGAUCGUGGAGGGGGUGAUGACGUUCUUGCUCGUGUACACCGUGCACGUCGCCGGCGACCCUCGUGCACAAGGCAGGAAGGGGCUCGCGACGACGGUGCUGGGCGCGCUGGUGGUCGGGCUCGUGACGGGCGCCUGCGUGCUGGCGGCGAGCUCCCUCACGGGCGCGUCCAUGAACCCCGCGCGGUCGUUCGGGCCGGCGGUUGUCAGCGGCGACUUCAAGAACCAGGCCGUGUACUGGGCCGGCCCCAUGAUCGGCGCAGCCGUGGCGGCGCUGGUACAUCAGAACCUGGUGUUCCCGUCCGCGCCGGAGCCGCUGCCGCACGAGUCGCGGCAUGGGAGCGUGCUAACAGUGGUGGUGUGAUUUGUGACCUCGUAUUUGCUGAACUUCUAGUAGUGUUAGUGUGUUAUAAUUGUUUCAGGAUCAGGACUAAUGUGUGUUUGUAAUGGUUAUAUGUGUGAUGUUCGUGCAAUAAUCAAAGCAUGGAUGUAAAUUAUCUGUAGCUUUUUGAGUACUAUUAUCAUAAUGUGUGUUUGUAGCUUUGCAAUAAUGGAAGCAUGCUUGUAAAU